ACAUCUUUAACAAUUCCAACUUCCGGAAAGUGUCACGCUGUCCUCCAUCGGCGCAUAGAGGGUCAUAUCUAGAAAACUCAGUUGAAAUCAUGGUUUUUGAAGACAAAAUGAUCACAAACGGAGAGCCAGAAGAGGAGGAAGAGGAAGAGGAGGAAGAAGACAUGGUGGACCCACUCGAGACAGUGAGGCAGAAGUGCGAGGAGACAGACCAUUGUGUUCACGCUCGUGAGCGUCUGGAGGCCUGUGAGACACGGGUGGGCUCACGUUCAGAGACGACGGAAGAUUGUACAGAGGAACUGUUUGAUUUCCUGCACGCUCGUGACCACUGUGUGGCCCACAAAGUUUUUCAAUCAAUCAAAUAAAUGAAAUGCUGUUUAUGGAUGGAUAUUCGUUUAUAAAAACAGUGCUUUUAUUUAUAGACAAAAUUCAACAAUUCACUGUAACCAACAGGUCUUCAAGUUGUCUGUGCAUCCAGAUUGUGAAUAAAAUGUUAGUAAAUC